GCCAUCACGAUAGGUUGACGUUACUAAGGGGUCCAUAGAAAUUUGACAGCUUCACAGGUGAGACAACCGUCCAGAGGCUGUUUCACUUUACGUUUCUAUUUUCUUUUACCCCCCGGAACUCCACUCACUGUGAGCCUGGGGUUGUCACAAUCAAAAAGCAGCCUUUCGAAGUCUUAUCACUCCGGCAGCAUGAGCAAAAAGAAAAAGGACUGGAAGACUGAAAAAGAACGACUCCUUCAACUAGAUCGAGAGGACAGGCGCAAGGAGUAUCGUAAAGGUUUCACACAACUGGAUGACAUUCCAACUUGGAGAGAGGAAAACAGAUCCAGGAACAAAGAAGAUGAUGAGAAGGAGCUCCCAGGUGGAGGAGGCCUCGGUGAUAAAGUAUCUCUCUACAAGGGUGAUAUUACUGUCCUGGAGGUGGAUGCCAUAGUCAAUGCUGGUAGGAGCUCUGCUCUCUAUGCUUUUUAAGCUGCUGGUUUUUUGUCUGGAGUUCAGCUUUAAGUUGUGUUUUGCUGCCCUCUGCUGGUGAACAUAAAGAAUAACUAAUCCUGGAGGCGUCACAGAAGUGGUGUGUGAUUAUGAUUAAGGCAAGUUAAGGAAGUGUGCUUGGUCUUGCUUGCCAUAAUUGAAAUUGUAUGGCGGUUUCCUUCUUUUCUUGUCUUCUGUUAGGUCACACGUUAUUUCUGUUUGAUUCUGAAAGAUUUUUCUGGUACAGCUUUCUGUAAUGCUAUUAGUCCUCUGCCUCCUCCACCUGUUGUUCGAACCCGAUCUUUGCUACAGAUAUUCCCCUCCCCGCUCUCCCUAUUCCUUUUUCUCCCCCUUUCCCGUGCAAUGCAAAUAAAAGCCACUUAAAUUUAAGAAAAAAACAAAACAAAACAAAAAAACAUUGAAUUUGAUGAGGUUAAUCAAAUCUUUUGGAUUAUUUAAUGAGGACUGAAGAACACUGCUCAUACAUCAACAUAAUAUUACAGACAAACUUGGAACAUUUAAAAAUACCGGAGACAUUUAAAUGUCAUGGAAGUUGUUUUGUAUGAUCGGCAUUUUGACCUUUUAACACAAAGCGUUGAAGAGCUCAAGCAGCGUGGUGUUUUGUUUGAGUAUUGUGAUAACAUGAAAACCAAAUGUCUGCUGUACGAUUACCGUAACUAUGGGUAACAAGCCUAAAAUAUUCACCUUGGUGAA